GCGCUCUUAAAGCCUGGACCUGAGUCUCCAAGCAGAGCGGGUGCGCUGUAGUGAUACACAUUUUUUAAGUUGAACUUUGCGUGAACGCAAACUCAACUGUGCGUUCAAAGACGAAGUGUUUUCCUUACUGUUUAUUUUUAGUUUUCACAUUUUGCAUCCGCAGACACACUAAUAAAUUGGUGCACUUGGACAGAGGCUGCUUGAACGCACUCCCUUGGAAUCUGGAUUACUUUGCCAAGAGCUGCAAGUUUGUCAUUAUCAUCAUGUUACUUUGCUUCAUGCUCCUCUUCCUCGCCUCUGGUGUGGUGUUGUCCUUUGACUGCCCAGAAGACUGCUCCUGCCAGAAUGGGAAUUCAAUAUUCUGCAUUCAUAGACACUCCAGCACUGUGCCCAAUGUCCCUAUAACCACUCAACAGCUCUACAUCUUUCAAAAUGGUAUUUCCACCUUAUCUCAAGAUGACUUUAGAGGUCUUGUGGAGCUGGAGAUGCUAGAUCUGAGCCAGAAUGUCUUGGUAGAAAUUCCAGAUGGGAUAUUUCAGAUGCUGUCAAAACUGAAGAACUUAGACCUGUCUUCCAACCGUAUUACCCACAUUUCAAAGGACAGUUUCUCGGGGUUGGUCCAGUUAGAAAGGCUGUACCUCCAUGCAAAUCUGAUUCAGAGCAUUCAUUUGGAAGCUUUUGAAGGUUUAGAGAUGUUACUGGAACUCAAGCUGCAAGGGAACCAGCUUAUUUCCUUGCCAACACUUAAUUUCCCCAGGCUUCUUCUUUUGGACCUUAGCAACAAUAACAUCCCAACCCUGGGACCCUCAGAUCUUCAGACUCCCCAUUUAGAGGCUCUUAAGUUGGCUUCCCUAGGACUUACAUCUGUGGAUGAGGCACUCAUACCGUCUCUGAGGAACCUCCAUGAGCUUGAUAUAUCACUAAACAAGUUACAUGAAGUUCCUCAGGCCCUGAAGCAGGACUCCCUUAAGGGGCUGACCAAACUAAGCCUGGCUGCCAACCCAUUGCCUGAGCUGAGAGUGAUGGACUUCCAAAAACUGGUUGGACUUCAAGAACUGGAUCUCAGUGGACUUAAUCUACAGGGGUUUCCAGAGAGCUUUUUCAAGACUUUCCCAAAGCUGAUGCAUCUGACAGCUGCUGAAAACCCAUUCAACUGCCUAUGUCCAUUAGCCUGGUUCCCUGUUUGGCUAAAAGAGAAAGGAGUGAAUCUUGGGAGGCCUGAGGAAACCAGAUGUCACUUCCCUUUAGUCAAUGCUGGGAAGAUGCUUUCAGCACUGGAGCACAAAGACUUUGGAUGCCCACCAACAACAACAGAAUCAAUUGGCUCCCCCAUCACAAAUACACUUGUUCCACAGAUUCCAUCUACAUCGCCAGAAACUACCCAUACCAAUGCUAUUCCUCCCCCUCCACCACCCAGUGAGGAAACCAUCUUAUCAAAAACAGAUAACUACCCACUUCCACCAGAACCUCCAGUCUCUCCUAGCUCAAAUAGUGGGGAGUAUGAACAGCAUUUCUGCCCACCAAACAUCUGUCUCAAUGGAGGUACUUGUAAUUUUGACCCUCUGGGACAACUCAGCUGUUUGUGUCCCUUGGGAACAUCUGGUCCUUAUUGUGAAACUGUGGAUGAGGUUCCUGAACCACCACAACCCUCAGCAACAGAUGUUUCAGUAGCUGUCCCUGUUAUGCCUGAUCAACAUGAUGCCAUCAGCUCACGGCAGGUGACCUCCACAUCAAUCCUUCUUGACCUGCACCGCUUUAUUGAGACACGGCCACAUAUCCGUGGCAUCAGGUUGACCUACCGUAACCUCUCAGGGCCAGACCGCCGUCCCAUGAUACUGAGUUUACCAACGUCCUACCCUGAAUACACUUUGCGCGGUUUAAGACCCAACUGUACCUACUCUGUCUGUGCCAGUCCCCUUGGAGAAAGAAUUACUUCUAGGAGUAAUAACUCCGUGGAAAUAGGGUCAUGUACAGAGGCUCGCACUGAGGGGGUUCCUUUGACAUUGUUAGAGCCAUGGGUGGAGACAAAGACCUCUGUGACCUACACUCUCAUCUCAGCUCUGGCUGCCCUUGCACUUGUACUGGGAUUGGCGGUGGUGGCUGGAACGAUCAUCUGUCUACGGAAGAGACGGCAGGCAAAUGCAGGAAUGGAGCAAGAGCUGGGCCCAGCUGAUCCUGACCCCAUGGAGUUGGAGGGUAUAAAAGCUUGCCUGGAGAAUGGGUUAAAUGGUACAAUGCCCCUUAAGCAGCCUGAGACUGAUCUUUGUCAAACCCCUCAGCCACCUCUAUUGUUGCAACAGAAUGGUGGUUUGGAUUAUGAAACACCAUUAAUGCAAGGUCACUGCCCAUCAAAUAACAAUUUAGCAUCUCUGAAACCAUCUUAUUUCUGACGCAUACGCAUAUUUUGUAAAGAGUUCCCAUAAAGGACUUCCUGAUCCUGCUUUAACUCACUUAGUGGUUUAGUUCUAAGUUUCAUUCCAAUAUCAGAUGUCCAUAAUUUGAGAAAGGGCACUUACUAUUCUGUAUUUUUCUACUUAAUGACAGAAUAGAAUGGAUGAUCUAUUUAAGAGACAUUAAAUGAUGGAUUUAAGAUCACAGUAUAUUGGAAAGGAGCUUAACCACUGUGGGACAAUGAAGAGGAUGUGGUUUGAAGCCAUCAGAGUUUGGUGGUGGUAAAACCUAGCCAAGUGAUUAAAUUAAGUGCAAUCAAUGAGAAGGGUCUCAUUAGUGGACAGAAAACAGGAGUGCCCUGUUGAAUUUUUUUAUAUUCUUUGUGUAUAUCAAAGAAUCAAAAUGAAAGAGCUCAAAUCCUGUUGCUGUAUUUGAGAAAUAUGACAUUGACAAGGUGAUGCAGGUUUUGGGCCACAGAACUGGAGAACUGACAGUGGUUCAAAUAAUGCAAAUGAAGAAUGGAUCAAGCAAAUGGAGUUUCAGCCAACUUCAGUGUCACCGUAGAAGUUAUAGAAGAACUUGCACUGAAAAUAAUUUUCUUUUUCUCUCAAGUGUCCCAAUCUAGAAGCUUAGUGAUAGGUUAGUGACCAUAAAAGCUGUAUAAAUCCCUCAUUUUGCCAUUGAUGUUAUCCAGUUUCAACAUAUCUACCAUAGUUCUCUCACAACGCAUAGCCUUUGACUUCUUUAAAAUGAAAUUAGCUGUGAAAAAGAAAAAUCAAUGUGGACUUUGCCUGUGUUAUUCUGUACCAUGACAGACGGGCUGUGUUAAUAGUUGAUACCAUGAUAUUCUUUUGUCAUGUAUUUUUGUAUUUUAUUUUUGUUACUAUGUUUCUUUUGUUACUUUUGUUGUAAAUGAUCAUUCAGUAUUGCUUUUAUGUGAGUUGAAACAGCAUCUGUUCCUGCUUAAAAAACAAACACCCAAAAAUACAGCAGUCAUCACCAUGAUAUUCUUAGUUUUCUCUUUCUAUCAAGGUCACAAAGCUAAAAAUUUCCUGUUACACUAUUUGCACAAUACAGAAAUAAAUAGCAACUUAAUGUCCUGAAAGACCAAAACAAUCAUCAACCCGUCAUAUUUACCUGCAGAGUAGAUAGCUCAUAUCUGCAUGUUUCGGAGUAACUCACUAAGUGAAUGUAACUGUCAGACACUUUAUUCUCACUGCUUGUCUGCUGACUCUCCAUAAACUCAUGGUAAAGAAAAGCCUCAGACUGUCUAACACCAAAACUACCAAAACUGUGUUCAGAAGCCUUUUUGCUACAGAGUUCACUCCCAUAAAGCAACACACACUUGCCAAGAAAUAAAAGUGACUUCAAAAAGAUUGAAAACAUCAGUUUUAGCUACUACUUGUUCUGUCUCUUUAAUAAGCCUUUCUGUCUUUGGUUUACAGGGAUUAUUAGAUGUGUGCUUGGAGAUUGUUUUGCUUAUUUUAUGUCAACCAGACUGUGAAAAGUACUGGCUAAUGAAGCGGUCUGAUGUAUUCUUUCUGUCUGGGACUGUGACAAACCUUUUUGUGUUUCUGUUCUUUUGAGUAUAUUUUUACUGAAAAAUAAAAAUCAGUGAGUAGAAUAGGUUUACAGAGACAUGCUUCAGCAACAUUGGUACAAAGUCUUACUCACAUUUUUUAGUGUUACGUUACAUACCGAUUUGCAUUUCAAGAACAAAAGGGCCUUUAUGUUGCCUCGCCAAACACAGCUUUUAAAUCACAUUACAAAGUAUAAAUGAAGAAAUGUGAAAUGUAUUUUAGCCAUUUUAGUUUAAAGAAAGAGUUUUCUUCAUGCUUGGUCAGCUGGAAGCUCAGAAGACUUUGUUUUUGUGUGUAUGUGUGGACAAACAGAAUGUGUGUGUGUGUGUGUGUGUGUGUCCGUUUUUCCUGUUCCAGCACCAUUUAUAAUCAAGUCGCCAUUCACUUUCUUAGUUAUUACUCUGUAAACAUGGUCACAGAUACCAGUACACGAAGUCUGCUUUCCUUUUGUUAUUUCUGUAACUGGAAAAUUGUAUUUCUUUGGCCAGUGUGAAUGGCAGGAAAUGUUUGAAACAUUUUCAACAUGCUUGUUACACUACAUUGUCUUUUUUCUUAUUGCCGACUGGUAGUUUGUGAAUAUGUUUUCUGUGUAGAUUUUACUAGAAAAAACAAUGCUGAGAAAAGACAAGUAUUAAAUGCCUUAAAGAUAAUGUGUGUGUGGCUUUGUCUUUGAUAAAUUUUUUUUAUGGUACAGCUUUACACAAGUUGAAUUGAUCACUAGCAAAAAAACUUUCCUUCUUUGUGAGUAUGAGGGAUUUUGACCCACUUGAGAAUCACAGUUUUGCAUUAAAAGCAAUGUUAAACAACUUUAAAGAUUUCCUUUAACAGACACUGAUUUCACAUGGCCUGUAUCUCCUCAGUUCCUCAUUAUAUGCACACAUCUAACUUCAACCACAGCAUGAUUACUCUGCGAUCUGUUGGUUUGUGGGUAGAGGUCAUUUUCACUUUUUUCUGCUAGUUGCUGAGAACAGAUCCAGUGGAAAAAAAAAAUGAAGACACACUUUCUUAGUUAAAGACAUUACCAAUUACAAUGAAGUGUAUGUGGUGAUUACAGUAAAGUUGGAUUUAUACUCGCAAGGCCAGGGCCCUAGCCAGGGUUUUAGAAAUGCUGAGGUACUCUAACCAUUAUGGCCCACACAUCUCAAGAGACCAAAAUGAAGCAUAAAAUCUAUUUUAAAUGGAAGCAAAUUAUAUUUCACACAAACUACUCCCUCUCUCUCAUGUCCUGUCUCUUUUCUCCACCUAUUCUGUUCUCUUCUUUUAUUCCCUACCUUCUUCUCUCUAGGUCCUGUCUCCUCCCACAUCUCCCCUGCCAAUGGGUUUAGGGUAAGUUUUAGGGUUAAGUUAUGGAUGGAUGGAUGGAUGGAUGGAUGGAUGGAUGGAUGGAUGGAUGGACAUUUUUAGUUUAGUUAUAAUCUAAUUAUAAUUUUGCACCUUUUUUUGCUCAUCAAAACUGUAAAAUAAUUUUAACAAGCUUGUAGCAAUUUGCUGUUUAUCCUGAUGAUGCUGAAUCCCUGA